AUGUUUUUUCUUACGGGGAUUUAUGGGCAUCUGGAUCAUAGUCUUAGACACAGGACGUGGGAUUUAAUUCGUUCUCUAUGUCGAAGGGCUGACGAGGCAUGUGGUCCCAAGUUUACCUGGUGUAAUGGGAGGGGAUCUGGCUCUAGUAUUAGUGUCAGACUAGAUUGGUUUUUUGGGAAUCCACAAUGGUGGAAUCGCUUUGCACAAGCGAAAGUAAUACAUGAAGGGGCUGCCUAUUCGGAUCAUGUGCCCAUCUGUUUGUACUCAGAAGAACCUGGUGUGGCACGUGAAAGGGGGAAGUUGUUCAGGUUUGAAGCUAUGUGGGUGGGAGAAAAGGGUUGUGAUAAAAUUGUGGAAGAUACCUGGAAGAGGGGAACGAAUAGUAACAAUAUGGAUGAUUUGAUGUACAAGAUCUCAGCCUGUGGGAAAAGGCUUCAAGUGUGGAAUCGAUCUAGCUUUGGCCAUGUGCAGAAGAAGCUUUGA